AUGCCUUCACGAAAAGAGUUGUUCGCUUUGUCUACCUUACUCCUCCAGGCAAUCGCCCAUCCUGCGCCUGUGGUACCCGAAGACCUUGACGAUCUCACCCAAAGCGGCAACCUUGAGAUGCUUUUUAGUCAGGCAUUUGCCUAUCAUCCUAGUCAGGCUGCCCAGCAAUCGACGAACCAGUAUGGAGGUGGAGGUGAUCCUGACAAUCACUGUGGGGGUGGCGGCCACGAGGGCGGCGGCCAUGAGGGAGGCGGAGCCCCCCCUGCGCCUACAACUACUGUGACUAUCACUACCGAUGAGAGCGGCAAGGGCACUGCAACCAUCACCGUCACCGACACAGUAACGGAUACAAUCAGUCAAUGCACUGCGACAAUCACCACCGGCGAUGCCGCAGCCGAUACUGUGACCGAGACCGAAACAGAGACGGAUACUCUCAUCUCAAGCAUCACUGCUUGCACCGCCACAACAACAGACUACACGACCAUCACAACCGAUGGCCCAACAGUCACCCAAACAGUAACAACUCCCGGUCCAACCAAAACCGAAACAUCUACAGUCACCGAAGCCGCAGAGACGGUCACUCUCCCGGGAUCCACCGAGACCAAGACCGAAACCCAGACGAAAACAGACACAAUCACCCAGACCAGCACCGAGACCAAGAACCAAAUCAUCACCGAGACCUCAACUAAAACCCAAACAGAGACCCUCGAAGUCACAAAGACUGUCACCUCUGACGACUGUGGCGAGACCGGUACCGGCGGCGACGGUCUUGACUACGGCACUUGCACCGACCCUACUAUCAAGUGGGAAUACGGAUUGGAUGGCCGCACCGAAUAUUCUUAUACCACCAAUAACCAGAAGGACUUCACUUUCGGUUCAUCGCCUACCAUCGGUGCUCCUGAGGAUCUGGUCUGCAAUCGUCUGAAGAGUCCUUGUAAUGCGCCCCAGGCGACUAUUGACCAGUGCUACGCGGCGGAGAGUGCUACUGCCAACUUGUCCGGACAGGAGGCUGCGGAUGUUUGGAAUCAGAUGAUGACUUAA